CCGCCGCGCCGCCUGCCAACCCGGGAUCUACCUCCGUGCUUUUUUAGCCCCGGCUUGCUUUCUUCUUUUUUUUUUUUUUCCUCUCUCCCCAUCGCCCCUUUUUCUCAAUCUUGGAAGAUUCUUGGGGUGCUGGGGGAAUUUGUUUUUUUUUUUUUUUCAAAGGGGGGGUGCCUGGGCAUCUCCCCCCCGCGCCCGCUGCCUUGCUCUACCUGCCCUUGCGCCUUUUUUCUUCUUUUCCCCUGCCUGUCUCUCCACCAAACCCGGGCUGAUGUGCUGUGCGAGAGGCUGGAAAUGGAAGUGUUGAUGCUCUGGCUUUUCCCCUGGAUAUUUCAGUGCGUUUCGGUGCAGGCAGACUCCAUCAUCCACAUUGGUGCCAUUUUCGAAGGCAAUGCUGCCAAGGACGACGAGGUGUUCAAGCAGGCGGUGUCGGAUCUGAACCUCAAUGACGACAUCCUCCAGAGCGAGAAAAUCACUUACUCCAUCAAGCUCAUAGAGGCCAACAACCCCUUCCAUGCGGUGCAGGAAGCCUGUGACCUGAUGACCCUGGGGAUCUUAGCCUUAGUGACAUCCACUGGUUGUGCCUCAGCCAACGCCCUGCAGUCCCUGACGGAUGCCAUGCACAUCCCACACCUUUUUGUACAACGCAACACGGGAGGCUCCCCACGCACAGCAUGCCACCUGAACCCCAGCCUGGAGGAGGAGGAGUACACGCUGGCUGCCCGGCCACCCGUCCGCCUCAAUGAUGUUAUGCUGAAACUGGUCACUGAGCUGCGGUGGCAGAAAUUCAUAGUGUUUUAUGACAGUGAUUAUGAUAUACGCGGACUGCAGGGAUUUCUCGAUCAGGCCUCAAGACUGGGACUUGACGUAUCAUUACAAAAAGUGGACAGGAACAUCAGCAGAGUCUUUGCCAACCUUUUCACUACCAUGAAAACAGAAGAACUGAACCGCUAUCGGGACACGUUGCGAAGGGCUAUCUUACUCCUAAGCCCACGGGGAGCCCAGACUUUUAUUAAUGAGGCUGUGGAAACCAACCUUGCAUCAAAGGAUAGUCACUGGGUCUAUGUAAAUGAGGAAAUUACUGAUAAUGAAAUAUUAGAGCUGGUACAUAGUGCUCUGGGGAGGAUGACAGUGAUCCGGCAAAUUUUCCCUCUCUCACGGGACAACAAUCAGAGAUGCAUGAGGAACAAUCACCGAAUAUCAUCACUGCUAUGUGAUCCACAAGAAGGCUAUCUUCAGAUGCUGCAGGUUUCCAACCUGUACCUGUAUGACAGUGUGCUCAUGCUGGCCAAUGCUUUCCACAGAAAACUGGAGGACAGGAAAUGGCACAGCAUGGCAAGUCUGAACUGCAUGAGGAAAUCCACCAAACCUUGGAAUGGAGGACGAUCCAUGCUAGAGACUAUUAAGAAGGGCCAUAUAACUGGGCUUACUGGUGUUAUGGAGUUCAGAGAAGACGGCGCCAACCCCUAUGUUCAAUUUGAAAUACUGGGCACUAGCUACAGCGAAACAUUUGGCAAAGAUGUGCGAAGGCUGGCGACGUGGGACUCUGAGAAAGGACUGAACGGUAGCCUGCAAGAACGACGUCUGGGAAAUGACUUACAAGGAUUGACACUCAAAGUGGUGACUGUCUUGGAAGAACCUUUUGUGAUGGUGGCGGAGAACAUUCUUGGGCAACCAAAACGAUAUAAAGGAUUUUCCAUUGAUGUUCUGGAUGCACUUGCCAAGAAUCUGGGCUUCAAGUAUGAGAUAUAUCAAGCUCCUGAUGGAAAAUACGGACAGCAGCUCCAAAACAGUUCCUGGAAUGGCAUGAUUGGAGAACUCAUUAACAAGAGAGCAGACCUAGCCAUCUCAGCCAUCACUAUAACACCAGAACGAGAAAGCGUUGUGGACUUCAGCAAGCGGUACAUGGACUAUUCUGUGGGAAUCUUAAUCAAAAAGCCUGAAGAGAAAAUCAACAUCUUCUCUCUCUUUGCUCCUUUUGACUUUGCGGUGUGGGCUUGCAUUGCUGCAGCCAUCCCUAUAGUUGGCGUCUUGAUAUUUGUCUUGAACCGGAUCCAGGCAGUCAGGGCGCAGAACGCUUCCCAGCCGAGCCCUUCUGCUUCCUCCACCCUCCACAGUGCCAUCUGGGUCGUGUACGGCGCCUUUGUUCAGCAAGGGAGUGAAUCUACUGUAAAUUCUGUGGCGAUGCGUAUUGUAAUGGGAAGUUGGUGGCUCUUCACCCUUAUCGUGUGCUCUUCCUACACAGCAAACUUAGCAGCAUUUCUCACAGUAUCAAGGAUGGAUAAUCCCAUAAGAACAUUUCAAGAUCUGUCCAAACAAAUGGAUAUAUCUUACGGUACAGUGAGGGAUUCAGCAGUGUAUGAAUACUUUAAAGCAAAAGGGACCAACCCUUUGGAGCAGGAUAACACAUUUGCUGAACUGUGGAGGACUAUCAGUAAGAAUAAUGGGGCAGAUAAUUGUGUAUCGAACCCUUCUGAAGGCAUCAGGAAGGCAAAGAAAGGAAACUAUGCUUUCCUGUGGGAUGUGACAGUGGUGGAAUAUGCUGCGCUGACAGAUGAUGAAUGCUCUGUGACAGUCAUUGGAAACAGCAUCAGCAGCAAAGGAUACGGGAUAGCACUCCAGCAUGGAAGUCCCUACAGAGAUCUUUUCUCCCAGAGGAUCCUAGAGUUGCAAGAAAGUGGAGAUUUGGAUGUUCUUAAACAGAAAUGGUGGCCACGGAUGGGACGUUGUGACCUGAAUAGCCAUACCAAUGCACAGACAGAUGGGAAGGCACUCAAGCUUCACAGUUUUGCAGGCGUUUUCUGCAUUUUAGCAAUAGGCCUUCUUCUUGCAUGCUUGGUGGCAGCAUUGGAGUUGUGGUGGAACAGCAACCGUUGUCAUCAAGAAACACCGAAAGAGGACAAAGAAGUGAACCUGGAGCAGGUCCACAGACGUAUGAACAGUUUAAUUGAUGAAGACAUAGCCCACAAGCAAAUCUCUCCAGCGUCCAUUGAAAUCUCAGCCUUGGAGAUUGGUGGCAUGCAGCCAACUCAGACCCUGGAGCCAGUACGUGAAUACCAGAACACACAACUUUCUGUCACCACCUUUUUACCAGAACAGACAACUCAUGGUGCCAGCAGGACACUCACGGCUGCCUCCGGCAGCAACCUGCCGCUGCCCCUAAGCAGCUCGGCCACCAUGCCCUCCAUACAGUGUAAACACAGGUCACCAAAUGGAGGACUAUUUCGUCAGAGUCCUGUGAAAACCCCGAUCCCAAUGUCAUUUCAGUCUGUGCCAGGGGGAGUCAUUCCAGAAGCAAUGGAGCCCUCACAUGGAACAUCCAUAUGAUGAAAACAAACAGUAAAACAACCAGCAGAGCUUUUUAAUACAAAAUUUAAAAGAAAGAAAAAAAAAAAAAAAACAAACCACAAAACAAAACAAACUCUUAAAUUUUUCUUGUAUAUACCUGUAAAUAAUGAAAGAAUGAAGUGGGGUAAAAGUGUAUUUUGAAUAUUCCCAAUUUUCGAAGUAAGUAAAAAACAAAACAAAAAACAAACAAAAAUGUAUGAAUGACUUUGUAAAUUUUGUUCUAUAUGAAUAAAAAGGCAAACUACUUGUGAUCGUUCUCAAGUGCCAAAGAA